AUGGCUUCUCCUCAGCAGAUUCGCACUCCCAUCACUGAUCUUUUCAAGAUCAAGCACCCAAUCCUGCUUGCAGGUAUGAACGUCGCCGCUGGUCCCAAGUUGGCUGCCGCUGUUACCAACGCCGGAGGUCUCGGUGUCAUUGGUGGUGUCGGAUACACCCCAGACAUGCUGAAGGAGCAAAUCGCCGAGCUCAAGGAGUACCUCGUCGACAAGAACGCACCUUUCGGUGUUGACCUGCUUCUCCCCCAAGUCGGCGGCAGCGCCCGCAAGACCAACUACGACUACACCAAGGGCAAGCUUGGCGAGCUCGUCGACAUUAUUAUCGAGUCCGGCGCUAAGCUUUUCGUCUCCGCCGUCGGCGUCCCCCCCAAGGCUGUUGUCGAUAAGCUUCAUGCCAAUGGCAUUGUCUACAUGAACAUGAUCGGCCACCCCAAGCACGUCCAGAAGUGCCUCGACCUCGGCGUCGACAUCAUCUGCGCUCAGGGUGGUGAGGGUGGUGGUCACACCGGAGACGUCCCUACUACCGUCCUCAUUCCCGCUGUUGUCGACCUCUGCAAGGGUCACAAGAGCCCCGUCACUGGCGGCCCCGUUCAGGUCAUCGCCGCCGGCGGCAUUCACAACGGUCAAUUGCUGGCCGCUGCCCUGAUGAUGGGCGCCGGCGCCGUCUGGGUCGGAACCCGCUUCAUUCUUACUGACGAGGCCGGCGCCCCCAACGCCCACAAGGAGGCCGUCCGCACUGCCGGCCACGACGACAACAUCAAGACCCUCAUCUUCACCGGUCGCCCCCUGCGUGUACGCAAGAACCCGUACAUUGAGAACUGGGAGACGGAACGUCAGCAGGAGAUCAAGGAGCUCACCGCAAAGGGUGUCAUCCCGUACGAGGCCGAUCUUGAGAAGCUGAUGAACUCUGGCGGUGACGGUGAGGGUAGCGGCAGCGGCAGCGACGACAACGCGUCCGAGGUCGAUAUCGACGAUGCCCUGGACCAGUUCCGCCCCUUCCUCAUGGGCAAGGCCGCUGCUGUCUGCAACGAGCAGAAGCCCGCCAAGGCUGUUGUCGACGAGUUUGUCAACGACGCCGUCGCAUGGCUCCAGAAGGGCAACAAGAUGAUUGCCAAGUUGUAA